AUGAGUGCCUUUUUAUUAUUACACGAUCAAGCUUGUUCAAGAUAUACACUGGAGAAAUCCAUAUCUAAUAAAAAGAGUAGUAUAUCAUAUGCCCCAUCAACUAUUUCUGUUGCUUCAUCUUCUCGAUCAAUCCCACUUUCAUAUUCAUCUAGUUUUACAAGAGGCAAAGAGAAGAGAAAGAAGAAAGUGUUUGAUAUCAGUACCAACAGUUAUAUUGAUUAUAUUUAUCCCGCAUUCAAAGUUUCCUUGCUAGAGUAUAAUGAAAGUUUAAAAAUAAUAAAGUCAUCUCCCUAUGCAAAAUUCAAUGAAAACUUAAACAAACAACAUAUCUUUGAUUUGAAAUCUUUGGAAAUGUUAAGAUACACCUAUUUUGAAGAUUUGAAUUAUAAUUCAGUUGCUUCAUUUAGAUUAAAUCAAAGAAACGUAAAUGGGGAUUAUAACCUUCAAUAUAUGAAUAAAAUUGCUUGUUUGACAGAAAGUGCCGAAAAAAGUCUACCUCGAUUACCUUUAGAUGAAAAAGAGGCCAAAGAAGAUGAAGAAGCAAUACCUGAUUUUAAUGAUAAGCAAAAUAUCAAGUCAAUUUUACAAAGUGACCAGUUUUGGAAUAAUAUUUUUCAAGAAAUGAAAUUUGAAAGUUUACAAUCUCCACUAGACUAUAUUGAGUAUUUACCUUCAUUGAAACAAUUGAAGAAUUUUUACAAUGAAAUAUUGGAGUAUUUUUUAUUUAAUAUCCAUACCCUUAAACCUAAUACUGAAGAGAUCACAGAUUCUGAAGAGACCAUCCAUUUACAAAGAUUAUACUACGUGUAUUUCACAGAAUUUAACUAUCACUACUUUAGAAUAAUGAAAUUGGAGCAUGAUAAAUUAUUUAAAAGUUGUCUGGAUAUAAAUCUUCGUUAUGUUGUUUACGAAAAACUACUUGAUGUUAUUAGUUCAAAUAUCAAAGCAAUGUCAGGUAAUAAACAAAAUGAUGCUUUAGCAACAUGGGAAAAAUUUUUAGAAUUUAUUGCUUAUGACUUAUUAUCUCAAGAUUUUGACAAACUUCAGGAGAAAGAUACAAACCACUUACAAUUAAAUAGAACAACUACCAAUACCAAUACUAGUGUUUCAGAUUAUCAAUAUAAACCCCCAAGGAAAAUGCUGAUAUCUUCAAGAAGUUCAAACCAAUCCUUUUUUUCAAUGGGGAAAGCUACAAGAAAUGGUUCUAUUUGUGAUAGUGAAGGUAGUCAAAUGAGCUCACCUAUUUAUGAAGAACCAACAACACCAGUAGAGACCAUUUGUCCUACUGAAUCUCAACAACUUUCGUAUCACGAUGUUCGAAUAAAACCAAAGAAACAAUCUAUUUUUAAAAGACUUCUUGGUGGAAUAAAGCUGUCGAAGUAA